AUGCUCCCCAGCCCGCUCAGCCUGGCGCUGUACCUCCCCGCCCCGCCCGAAGAGCUUCCCCCCGACGAGCCCACCUCGGCGGCCUCGACGGCGUCGUUCCUUCCGGCAACCGACAGCAUCCUCACGUCCCUCGCGAAAGACCACCACCACGACGAGUGGGAGCACGGCGUCGUGGCCGCCGAGGCUAGGGAGCGCGUGCCCCUCGGCUGGUGGGGGUGGGGGUGGAUCGGCGUCGUGUCCCUCGCGGCUACGAUGCUCACGGCGUAG